GUUGUAUUUUUGAUUUUCAAAAGACUAUUAUUUCUGAUUUCAAUGAUAAUAGGCGAUCUUUUGGUUUCUUGAGCUAGUCAAACAAUAGGAAAGAUUGAAAGGAAAUACCGUACUUUCAGGAAGAGUUUCGAGUAAUAAUACUCUCAGAAAUAGUAUCGAGUGAAUGUAGCUGUUUUCAAAAUAGUGUGCCGUUGGUUUUUAACGUCUGUUAAUAGCGUUGUCAUUGUCCGCGGAUCUUACCGAUUAUGGAUUACGUCGGGGUGUAGAAGAAGACAAGAAAAUUGUUAUUCAAUAUUUGUUCUAAGAUGAUAAUACUCUAGAAAGCCAAGUUUCGUUCCAUCGCUGGGUUGAUAUAAGUGUAUUGUAUAGCCGCAUAUUGGCUUGGAAACCCAGUAGGACUGAAACAUGGAUUUCGUAACCAGAGUAACUUUAUACCUGGUUUUAUCAUUUUUUACUAACUAUGCAGUUUCAUAUAGAAUUCCAGGAGGUUUCAGAGAUAACACUUUGGAUCGCACGCGGCGAAUGAGUAAAAGAGAAGAUAUAGUUAUGUUUGAUAAUCCAAAAGCCAUUUCGGAAUCUUUAACGGACGAAAAAGUGAAUUAUGUAAGAAAUAGAAAACUGUCUCAAACAAGAUCUGAAGUUCCAGAUGAUGACAUAGAUGCCUUGGUUGUACCGGAUGAAAACAGUCCUUUUGGUAGUCUAGCGGAAUCAGCUAAUAGGCGUACCGAUACAAAGAAAAUUGCAAGUAACGUUGUAUCAGAGUCAAGCAUAAACGAAAUGAAACCAUCAGCAAUCUACGAUACCACAUCCGGAACAAAUUUGCACUCAACUGGUGUCCAAAGAACGCCUCAAGACGGAGCCGGAGAACAGACUGCUGAGGAAAAACCAGCGGAGGAGAAACCAGCAGAAGAAAAACCUGCAGAGGAGAAACCGGCAGAGGAGAAACCGGCAGAGGAGAAACCGGCAGAGGAGAAACCCGCAGAGGAGAAACCCGCAGAGGAGAAACCCGCAGAGGAGAAACCCACAGAGGAGAAACCGGCAGAGGAAAAACCAACUGAAGAGAAACCGGCAGAGGAAAAGCCAGCAGAGGAAAAACCUGCAGAGGAAAAACCGGCAGAGGAGAAACCGGCAGAGGAAAAACCGGCAGAGGAGAAACCAGCCGAAGGUGUACAAGGAGAAGCUACUCCUCCUACACAGCAGCCAACUACGAAGACGCCUUUUGAUGCAGAGUUUCAUCACCAAUUAGAGCAUGGAAUAUUUGGAAAGUUUGCUCAUGAUGAUAAAAAACCAAAUUAUGCUUCUAAUGCUUCUAGUCAGCUUUCAAGGAUUCUUGCGAAUGGCAGCAACGAUAUGCACGUAUCUGGCGAACAAAAGCAAAGUGUAGAAGUCGAAGACCCAACAGUUCCAAAGACUGCGCCACUUCCCAGCGCUCCUGCUGUUCCGGAUCAACCUCAACCGCAAGGAGGUGCUUCUCUUUUUGACGAGCUUCUCAAUGACAAUAGUGCGGGCACUCCUGUUCAACAAAGUCCCCCACAACCUACCGUCAGAACUGGGCCAGUUACAACACUUAAACCACAGACAAUCACUCCCCCAGCUAAUACACAACCGGGGCAGACGUCUCAUAUAGUGACAACCCAGAAGCCAUUGACAACCCAGCAGCCAUUGACAACCCAGCAGCCGUUGACAACCCAUCAGCAAUUUACUUUACUAAAGAAGACACUUACACCACCUCCAGUUUCGACACCAAAAGACGCACUUCUGCCUACUACGGGACGUCCACAAAUUCCAGACGACGAUUUAUUUGGUAAACACCAUGUUGAAAAUGCAAGUUCAAUGCACGAUGAUCAAUUGAAAGUCCAAAAAAGCAAUAACAAAGCAAUCAUGAUGGUUCAAACUGGGAACAAAACACAGUCUUUAAAAGGCUCAUACAUUAAAGACCCAAUCCCAUACCCUGCUGGCAACUAUUCUUCAUAUUUGAAGACUCUCGUCGCACCUUCGCAGCAAAAGAUUGAACAAUCCGGUGCAGCAAGAAAUUUAGAUGAGAACUUGUCUUCAAAAGGUAAAGAAAUGUCAACAGAAAAAACAAGCUUACAGCAAGGGGACGACACACAAGGUGCACCCGUAGCUAACUCGGAUUCAUCGUCUGUUUAUAUGCAAAACACAGUCACGCAAGCUAAGCUCUUGUAUGUUGAAACACAAGGACAAAACAUCAGGCAGAACACAGGGACACAGAACAGUGAAACUGAAAGCAACGCACAGCCAACAUCGGUUGAAAGUUCAGCAAAUAGCCCAAGUGGAGAGAACGAGCAGUAUGGAAAGUCUCAAGGUUAUACAGGCCAAGAAAGUAACACGGAACCAUCACAAGUAUCUGAUUACUUACAAGGUAACGCCGAAAAAGCCCUUACCACAACACAAGCUCCUACAACUAUGUAUACAACCCAACCAACGACUUCACUAUACACACAAGAGAAAUCAGUUAAUGCAAGUGAAGCAAAUGCAGGAUACCCACCAGCCGCCACAAAAGAUAAUCAAACCAGUGCUUCCGAAAAUUCGGAAAAACAAUUAAGCUCUUACGAAACAAGUGUUUCAGCUUCAUCCAAUAGCAGCACUGAAUCAACAGGGUCUUAUAUCGAGUCACUCAGCACAACGCCUUCAACCACCCCUACAACACCUACUCAAAGCCAGACGUCAACAUAUAGUCAAAACGCCAACGAAACGUAUCAAACAACACCGCCGUAUGUUUAUCCAGAGAGAAACACAAGCAAGGGAGAUAAUACGUCAUAUCCAGAUAACAGUGCCUAUACAACAAAAGAACCCUAUGUUGUAACAGUAUCAACAGCAAGCCCUUACACCGAAAACCAGACAAAAAGCUCUGCUGGACAAGUAAAUACCUCGAAUUCCUCAUUGUCCAAUGUCACUGAGUUGUCCAAUGGUACAAAUGCAUCCUCACAGUACGCCAGCUAUGGUACAGCAAUAUCACCACAAAGCAGUGGUUCUGAAACUGGUACAUACUCAAAGAGCAGUGGAUAUGGUACUACCACAACUUUACAGAACUCUGGAUACAAUGCAGCUGCAGCUUCACAGUAUAAUUCAUACGGUGCAACCGCAUCUUCACAGAACGGUGGAUAUGGUGCCGCCGCAUCUUCACAGAACGGUGGAUAUGGUGCCGCCGCAUCUUCACAGAACGGUGGAUAUGGUGCUGCUGCAUCUUCACAGAACAAUUCAUAUGGUGCCGCCGCAUCUUCACAGAACAGUGGAUAUGGGACCGCUGCAUCUUCACAGAACAGUGGAUAUGGUGCCGCCGCAUCUUCACAGAACAGUGGAUAUGGGGCCGCUGCAUCUUCACAGAACAAUUCAUAUGGUGCCGCCGCAUCUUCACAGAACAGUGGAUAUGGUGCCGCCGCAUCUUCACAGAACAGUGGAUAUGGGGCCGCUGCAUCUUCACAGAACAGUGGAUAUGGGGCCGCUGCAUCUUCACAGAACAAUUCAUAUGGUGCCGCCGCAUCUUCACAGAACAGUGGAUAUGGGGCCGCUGCAUCUUCACAGAACAAUUCAUAUGGUGCCGCCGCAUCUUCACAGAACAGUGGAUAUGGGGCCGCUGAUUCUUCCCAGAACAAUUCAUAUGGUGCCGCCGCAUCUUCACAGAACAGUGGAUAUGGGGCCGCUGCAGCUUCCCAGAACAAUUCAUAUGGUGCCGCCGCAUCUUCACAGAACAGUGGAUAUGGGGCCGCUGCAUCUUCACAGAACAAUUCAUAUGGUGCCGCCGCAUCUUCACAGAACAGUGGAUAUGGGGCCGCUUCAUCUCCCCAGAACAAUUCAUAUGGUGUCGCCGCAUCUCCACAGAACAAUUCAUAUGGUGCCGCCGCAUCUUCACAGAACAGUGGAUAUGGGGCCGCUGCAUCUUCAGUUAAUGCACCUGGCCAAAUACAACAGAAGUUUUAUGAUUACCACACAAUUACUAAUGAGCAAAUGGAGCAAAUUCAAAAUUCAGCUUCUUUGAAAGAAACUACUGAUGCAACGCAGCUUCCCUCGACUUAUAACAACACUAAAACUGCUUCAGAUGGUGGCUAUGCCAGCUUAAAAGUUACUGCAACAAACAAAACGUACGCAGAAACAAGCCCUAACAAGGAACAAGUUGGCUCCAAUGACCUAGGGAAGAAUAACAAGCAGUCACAGUUCUUCGACUACAGUAAAAUUACUGACAGUCAGAUGCAGCAGAUACAAGACUCAGCUUCUAUAAAGGAGCCUAAGGACAACAGCACCAAAGCUUCAAAUGAAAUGAAUAUUAGCAAGUAUAAUGUUUCCGGCAAUGGAACAACCUCAACUGCAGCAGAUACAUCCAAGUAUUCUUAUGAAAACUAUCUUCAGCAAAUUUACGGUGAACAAACACCGGCCACCAAUGAAGUUUUUUCUAAGAACAAUACUGGAUCAGGGAAUGUAAGCUCCUCCGCAACUCCUAUUACCAACAAUCAAAACACUUCCAGUAACUACUUCAAUUACUAUCAAUAUGUUAAUGCAAGCAAGCCAAGCUAUGACUAUCAAAAGACCUAUGAAAAUGGUACAAAGAAUGUUCCAGCUGCCGUUUCAGCUGCUUCUGAAGACAUCGUGUCCAGUGCUAACCAGAGCAGCAGUUAUUACAACAUAGUAUCCACGCAGGCACCAUCUGCCAACGAAACUUCGAAGGUCAAUACAACGACAUCCCUAGAGGGUGUUUCUACAACCACAAUGCCUUAUGUUAAUUACAAUCAGAAUUACAGUACGGCAAAACCAGACUAUGUGAAUAAUACAGAAUCACCUGUGAUUCAAGAGACAACUACCAGGCCCAACUGGAACCACAGCAAAAUAGGAGAGGGAACCUAUCAAACUAGUUCGCCUUACCAAUACAAUGGAAGUGCCUAUUACAACUACAAUGGCUAUUCAAACAACGCAGCUUCCAAUUAUUCUCAAGAAGGAAUGUCCAGCGGUAACAACAGCCAGCCUUUCAGCACAACAAAGGUACCAUAUAUAAACAACACGGAAGCGCCAUAUGUUCAAGAAACAACGACAACCACCUACAUAAACUAUAACGAGACCAUCCAAACGACAAGUCAGCGAUUUUUAAACAGUACUGCUUCUCCUGCCACCACUAAAAGCCUUUAUGCCAAUUCUAGCGAAGUUUUCAAUACAACAGUCUCUCCAUCAGUAACUACCACCACUUCUCCAUACGAGCAAACAAAUUUCACGACAGCUUCCCCAACAAACUACACCAAUGUUGAUCAACAGAAUCAAGGAUACAACAACCAAUCAACCAGCAAUUACAACCAAGGAUAUCGUGAAUCGCUUCUUUACGGGCAUUAUAAACAGCAGAAAAUACAAGUUGCAAUCGACCAAAGCAGCCAACUUGUACCAAGCACUUCAGAUACUAAUAAUGGUGUCCAGUCUUUACCAUUUUUCACGGAUGCGUCUAAUGUAAAGCCACCAUCUUCACAGACAUUAGUAGCUGCUUCAUCUACCAAUAUGCAACAACUUGCAUACCAACAGAAAUAUCCCAGUGGGCCUCAGCAGGGAAACAAUACCUCGAGUUUCCCAUCACCUGCCCCCGUCGUAGGCAAUUUCCCUUCACCUGCUCCUGCUGUAGCCAAGUUUCCUUCACCAGCUCCAACCUUGAAUGGUGAAAACAACACUGCCAAUAUGUCAUUAGAAUCGAUCCUAGAGUCAUUGGCAGAUAACAAUGCUACAGAAGAGAUUCAAGAACCAAAGGAGAACAAGCUGCCAUUUAGAAACGAAGAACCAAUCGUUACCUCAAAGUUGGUAAACCCAGCUGACAAGACUAAAUCAGACACAACCAGCAACGAAACAGCUGUACCAAAGAAACCAAGUCUUGCAGCAAUUAUUUCAGGGGGCAAGAAGAGGCCAGCCAGUCAAUCGCCAUACCCUGGCUGCGAAUAUGACAGAAUUAUAGCAUCUCAGCCAACUUCAUUCGAUAUGGUUGUUCCAGAGUGUGAUGCUGAUGGAUCCUACAAAGCUAUUCAAUGUUACAAGCAUAAGAUCUAUGGAAAAUGGUGUUGGUGCGCCGAUAAGCUUGGUCUUGAAAUUAUUGGUACAAGAAGCGCAAAUGAAACAUUGACAGAACUACAUUGUCUAGAUACAAGGAAAGCCAAUAGUACAAACAAUUACUGGACAGCAUUUUAUCACAGGCCAACUAAAGCUCCAAAGCCACCUGUUAUAGCUAGAGUAAAGCCGGUUCGACCGCUGAAAGCUCUGCCCCCUUGCUUGAAAGAGCGCCAGCAAUCACUGUCUCCACUCACAAAAGACGAUACUUUCAUUCCUGAAUGCAAUGCAGAUGGAAGCUAUCGCAGUAGACAGUGCUUUACCCACAUGUACUAUGGAAAACAAUGCUGGUGCGUGGAUCAGAAUGGACAGGAAAUUCUGGGUACAAGGAAGAUUGACGGCUCCCAUCCUGAUUGUAGGAAGGUGUCUGAAAAUCUCUGCACGUUCAAACCACAGAAUGGCAAAUGCAGCCUGAAUAUCACAAAGUUUUACUUCAAUAUUGUUACAAAAGAAUGCGAGUUAUUUGUUUACACUGGCUGUGGUGGCAAUGCUAAUAAUUUUAUGAGUAUGCUUGAGUGUGAGACCCGUUGUAAGCAAGGCUACGGUGUGAUUGUCCAGGUUUCAGUACCUGUGAAGCAGGCCAGAAAUGGUUCAAAUGAAACCACAGCGACACAAACAGUUAUGGUGCCAACCAUUGUCAAUGAGACAUCGACUGUAACAAGUACUGAAAAAAUACCCAUUUCUAGCUCUGCAUUACCGGACUAUGCUGAUCAUGCAAAGGGCACUCAGACGAAGGAAGUGUCCGACAAGCCGCAAACGACCAUCCCUUACAGCGGGGAUCGCGUUCAGGUGCCAUUCCAGCAAGAAAAGUCACCAAAUAACAUAGAUCUCCAGUCAUUUGGGGAACAAGUCCAGGCUGAUAUUUCAGCACAAAAAGGACAAAAGCAAAUAGCAAGCAGUGAAGCAUCUACAGGGAGCUCCCAAGAGAGGCCAAAUGAACAUGUCGUAAUACAAAGUAGCAAUGCUACAACACCGGAAACGACUAACAAAACAAGCACCAAUCAAACAUCAGAUAUGAACCCAACAGUAAACAUCGCUUUUGACAUCUUCAUGACAUGGAACCCGAAAAUGAUUGAUCCGACAUUCCCACCAAGACUUGAUGUUAUCAAGCUCUUGAACGAAGCGUUCAUGCAAGUUUUCUACGGUUUUGAGCAGUAUGACAAAGCAACCAUCGAACUAAGCCCAUCAAGACCAGAAAACCCCCACCAAGCCCAUUUCAUCCAUGUCGAUGCCACUCUUCACUUCAUUGCUGCCAUUGAAGAUCCUCUUCCUACCUUGAAUGAGACCAUUCAACGUGGCAUGAUUGGUGAAGUUCCUGUAAUCAGAAACUCGCUAAGAGUUAUCAACGAACAAGGUGUGAGUCCUGCUGCAGAGCUUCCACCCGCUGUUGACUACAACACAACUAACACUCACGAGGGACAGCCUUACCCUGGCAUCAUUGUCGGGGGUUGUGCUGGAACAAGGUAUGGGUGUUGCCUGGAUGGCAAGAGAGCUGCAGAAGGUCCUGACAGCCAAGGCUGCCCUGAAGUAAACUGCCCUUGCUCGACAAUAGUUGUCGAAUUUGGCAUCAUCAAGGGAUGGACAGGAAGACUGAAGGAAAAUGACACUCAAGAUUACACUGAUUUAUGGAUUGAAAUCAAUAACUGGCUUGCGAAUUCGGUUUACCAAACUCCAGAAACAUUGGUGUCUACCGAUCUUGUUGCAUACAGCCCGCGUAUUGAACCCCAGCACGUACAACAAACACAUUACACGAAUGUGCUGAUUAAGAUUAACUUUGCAGAGCCCGUUGCAGACCCAGUCACGCCACUGCAAGAGGCCAUUCAACGUGCUUCAAAUAGCGCUGUAUUUCCUAUAGCUGAAUCGCUGUCUGUUAUCGAGGCUUUAGGUGUAGACAGCCAAGGAAAAGCUACUGGUUAUGAUGCAAAACAGGUAUUUCCACCUUAUCGUUAUGUGAAGGAAGUUGCUGGAAAAAAGUUGGUACCUGUCUAUAGCGGAGACAAGGUAAUUGCACUGGUUCCACCAGGUCCUCACCUCAGACAAAAUAACACCGCCAGAGCACGAAGAAGAGGUUUGAUACCAAAUCCACCAUUAAACAUGGCACAGCUGAGAAAGCAAACUGCGUACAACCCACCUUCGAAGAAGGAUCUUGCAGUUCACCUGGAAUUCGACCAAUUUGAGGGUGAUUUGCUGCUUGACACGUCAGGCCAUGAGAACAACGCUCGUCCAAGUGGCUCUGCAACCAGAAUGGUAGCAAACCAUAGCUGUGGCAUGGCAGAAAGGCUUAUAGGAGGCCAGAUUGAAUUUGAUGGCGAGAAAUUUGCCCCAAAGCCAAAAUCAGCAGUUAGUAUAGCUGUCUGGGUAAAGCUUAAAUCAUCUAAAGGAAGGCAGUCGAUUUUCUACACUGUUGGUGGUGGACAGUAUAACCUUGCCAGUGAAGAUGGCAAGAUUGUCUGGUCUCACAUCGGGGAUGAUAACAACAUCAUUUUCAGGCUUGUAACUCUUAACGAGUACCUUCAGCCGGAUAAAUGGGCACAUGUUGCAGCAACGUACGAUGCAGUCGAAGGAAAAGCAAAAGUGUAUGUGAACAGUAAGUUCAUUCAUUCCGAGACUGGAGCAGGUAUCUUGUCACAAAAUUGGAGCAAAGCUGCAGUAAUAGGAGACGAAACAGGUGUAAUGGAACUCCAAGGAAUUAUAGAUGAGUUCUAUAUCUACACCAAGGCAUUGUCGCAUCCUGAGAUAUUGAAUCUGGCUCAGUCCUGCGUAUACGGUAUACCAUCUCCAAAAUGGGGACUGAAAAAGCCUUGUGCGAACUGUAAAGGUGCCUCAACAACACAGGCACCAACUACAAAAGCAACUAGCAAUUAUACUACUCCAAUCAGCACAAAAGCAACUAGCAAUUACACGACUCCAACAACCCAAGGAAUGACUACAACACAGACCCCACCUACCACAUUAACAACCCUAACAACAGCAUCAACAACACCUGCAGCGACGACUGGUUCAACAAAAGUUUCUGAAACUACAACGCACAUAAUAGAUGAGACAACACCAACAACCACCGUAAUAACUACAACAGUUUCAACGGAGUGGACGACAAAGCCAACUAUUAGCACAACUGUUUCCACUGGCAAGCCGAUCAGUAACGUAACGACUGUAAUUCCUGCCACAACAAAAGCCCCUGCUACCAAUGUUACGACCCCUACAACCGUUGUCUCAACCACUCCAUAUACCGUAACGACCACUACAAUUGAGGAUACUACCACCAUACCCGAUACAACAGUUGUAACAACAACAGUUAGUCCAGGAACAACUACAACAAACGGAACCAUUCAAACAACAGUAAGCACAGAGGAACCUCUUAUUACCACAACUGCAACACCCACAACAUCAGCCUCAACCGCAGCAGCAAACGCAACAACUGGAUCUUUCUCAACAACACCUAUGACUACAAUUACUACGGCAACAACUCCAUCAACGGCUGCAACUACAACUCCGUCAACGGCUGCAACUACAACUCCGUCAACGGCUGCAACUACAACUCCGUCAACGGCUGCAACCACAACUCCGUCAACGGCUGCAACUACAACUCCAUCAACAGCAGCUACAACUCCAUCAACAGCAGCUACAACAACUGCAAAGGUAGAAACAACAACACCACCGUCAACAACGUCGAGUACAGCAUCAACAACCAAAUCAGCAACAACACCCAGUACAACCGCGAUUCCAGAAACGACACCUGCUGCAACAACAACACCAGGCAAUUUAACAACCGAAGAGCCUCCUGUAAUUCCAACAGCGGCACCGCCUCCUGCCGUGCCAAUACGCUCAUGUCGUGAAUUCUACGACCGAUGCUCUCGACGCCGUAGUGGAAUAUAUCAGUUGCAAGAUACCGAUGGUGAUAGUCCUUUCAAGACCUUCUGCGAUAUGACAUAUAAUGGUGGUGGUUGGACUCUUCUGUUGACAAGCAAGACUGCUCUUGGUUGGACAAAUGAGAAUAUUUACAACAGAUCUUCGGAGACUCCUGCGCUCAACCAAGACUUUUCAAUUCUUGGUUACGGAGACAAAGUCAAGUCAAUUGUUGAUGGGGAAUAUGAAAUUAGACUCGAGGGUGGCAACAGCCAACAGUAUGGUGGAAUCUGGAGAGUGCCUGCCUCUUACAGCUUUGUUAGUACAUUCAACAACCAAACUGAUAUAGUCUUAGUAAAGAAAUUUAGUCAAUGGAAUUACAUCACUUCGAGCCUGCGAGAACGAAUGCCUUACUUGACACUCAGUGAUACUAAUACAGUCCUGACAACUUCCGCAAACCCAGGUAUUAGUCAGUAUGGCACACUUGUGUCGAGAAACAGCUCACAUUCGCCAGCAUUGUGGAUAGAAGGUGCCUCAAGCAGUCCACAUGUUAUCUGGUAUUGGAUGAGAGAGCCUAAAGGUGUUGUCAAUGUAUCAGCUCCUUUACCCAUGAUAAACAUAUUCUAUUACAACGUUGAAGUAGUCAGCAAUGAAACGAAGAUUAUCCUAGAGUGGACAAUAGGAAGUGACAAGAAGUCCCAAAUUCUACAAAUCAAUUCCAUCAUGCGUGUCAGAAAUGAGUUACGUACAUCUGUGCCUCAACCUCCAGGCGUUCUUUUCAAAGCUUUGAGAUACGAAGAUCGAUCUCCAUUGAUUAUCAACGGUGAUGAAGGAGACGCCGAAGUUAUGCCGUCUACCUCAAGGGAAGAAUUCACUAUCCUCGAAUUGUCUGCAACAAAAGACAACCUUGCUCAAACCGAACUGAAAAAAUUCACAUUCAAUUACCAAAUUGUGAAUAAAGUUGGUGCUGAUAUCGUUAUUACCUACUCUGAAUUUGGAUGGAAUGAGAAAAUCAACUUGGCACCUGACGAUAUCUUAGACUGGUAUCGUGUGUUUCGGGCAACCAGUGAGCUGCAGUUCACAAUUAAGGCUGAAAUUAAAGGCGGUGGAAUGAAUUUCUUGAUUGCUGGUCAGCAAGAAUUCGUUUUGAAGCCAAUGGCCGAGGAAAACAUGCUGAUUGUCCUACCAGUUACAGCUGAAAGAAACAGCGUGUUACAAGUUCCUCAACAGUUCUUCAUUAAUGCUGACAUCACUAACAGGGCAGGAAGAAGAGUGUCCUUAGUUUGGCGUGAUGACAUCAUUGAAUUUGACAUUGCCGAUGGUACUACAGCUCAGCUCAGGUACAAAGUACUGACAUACAUGGUUCCACCGCCUGUUUACAAGCUGUUUGUCGUACGUUAUGGAACCAAUGUGUCAGACCUUAUUAACAAAGAUGCCUAUAUCACUUUAAGUGCCACUUCCCAGCCAAACAAUAUUACAAGUGCUGUCUGCUCGUCAAGUGGUGUUACUGGACCAGACCUCGAUUCUUACAGAGAGGAAUCUGUAUGCCCUCCUGCAGUUGACGGAGACUAUUCGCAAUGGACCUCGUGGUCAGCUUGCAGCAUAACAUGUGGUGAUGGCUUCAAAACCAGAACGAGGUUAUGUAACUCGCCAUCACCCGAAAAUGGAGGCAGGACAUGCAUUGAGCAAGGCUUUGGAGGGGCUAUGGAAAUGCAGACGUGUAAAUUGGCCGACUGUCCUAAAACAGAACCAGAAAAAUACUAUCUUCGUCUACGAAUCAUAAACCACGCCAACGUUCUAGCCAAUAUCUACUACUCUGAUGGCGUAGGAUCGUACAACGAGAGAGUUGGAUUAAACAUGGUUGAAGAGGUUUCCCCUAAAAUUGAUAUGGUCAAUGGAAAACCUGCUAAUUACACAGUCACUGCUAUUAAUGUCAAUGACAAUUCUCCCCUAUUUAUCAAUGGAAUAGAAAAAAUUAUUGUCGAACCAACAGCAAAGAAGAUUGACUAUAAUUUGUACAUAGUUGGCAACAAAGGCGAAAAAGGAGGAGACAUGCAAGAGUUCUACGUUGACAUAAUGUUUGUGAAUAACGCCAGUGGAAAUGCGACACUUCUUUACGACGAAUUCGGCUUCACAAGAGACAGAAUUGUCUUGCUUGGUGAUCCUUAUCGGAUGCGUGCAAUACUGCGAACCACAGUUAGCCCAAGCUAUCUCAUUAGCGCAGUAAAGAUGAACACAAGAGAUGAGUUUUACUUGAAUGGUAAUCCGAAGUACAAUUUCACGCCUUCGAUUGGAGCCCCUGGUCCUAUGCAUAUGGUUUAUAUUACUGAUUCUCCUUCAGGGAAGCCUGCGGGACCAAAGACUUACUACAUGAAUUUAGAAGUCAUCAACCAGGCUGGCAUAGCAGUUUCAGUUAAAUACAAAGACGGCAAGGAGUCUAUCGAUCUUCCUGCUGGAGGUGUUGGCUAUGUCAAAUAUUCCAUAGUUACUGUAGUGCCACCUGAUGCUUUGGUAUACAGGGUCCAUGAAACGCAGAGUGGAGACAUGCUGCUGUUAAAUGGAAAGUCAGAACUAUCUGUCAUGCCAAGCGAAUCUAGCCAGUCGAUUUACAGAAUUAUCAUUAGCAAAGAAGGUGCUACGGCCACCCCGAAGGUUUACUACUUGAGCCUCACAUUUAUCAAUAACGAAAAACAAACUGCAAUGGUAGAAUGGACAGAGCAAGAUGGACGCAAAGUUUACUUGGAUAUUCUCCCGAACUCACAAAAGAUCCACGAGUCCGUGUUCUCUUCAGCUAUGCCUCCAACCCCCGUUAAUAUAACUGCAAUCUCGAAAGAAAUGAAUGCGCAGCUGUUGCUUGAUUUCAAAGCAUCAGUCACUGUAACUCCGAAAGACAGUAGGGAAAUGGUCACGAUAAAAAUCGGUGAAGAACAACCCUUGAAAGUCUUCUACCUGAAUAUGAACAUCGUCAAUUCUGGAAGUAAUGUAGCCGUUGUAAGUUGGGUAGAUCUUGAAGGCAAGCCAAAGCAAGUCGAAGUGGGUCAGGGAACCCAUGAAGAGAGAACCGUCUUCACGGCUUCAGCGCAGCCAGCAAACAUUGAGGUAUCUGCAAAGGACAAAGAAACGAACCAACCUUUGCUGCUGAAUAAUGUAGAGAAAUUCACAGUGACACCAAAGGAAACCAGCGAGAUCGCUACUAUCAACAUUGGUCAAGGAACGACAACUGUUCCAAGUUCCGUAUUCUACCUUGCACUUCGCGUGCAAAAUACCGGAACAGGUGCCAAGGAUACGGUUCUCAGAUACCAAGGACCGCAAGGACCAGAAGAGCUCGAAGUCCUAGCCGGACAAAUUGUCACCAAAGAGAUCAUCUUUGCUACCAAUGUUCAGCCGGCUACAGUUGAAAUUAAGGCUUUCGAUAAGACAACAAAUAUUCCAGUUAGAAUAAACAAUAAAGAGUCUGUCCUGGUGAACCCAACAACUACCAAAGUUACUACAGAAAUCGUGGUUUCUGCUCAAGAUACUUCAAGUCAGAAAACAUACUACUUCUCAAUAAAUGUAACGAAUUCCGCCAGUAAAGAUGCUGAGCUCAAGUGGCAAGGCAUCUCAGGACCAGAGCAGUUGACCGUCUGGAAAAGCGCGAAUGUUGCAAAAGAAGUUGUCGUAACCAGCUCAUCAUUGCCACAACCAUUCACUUUAUACGCAUAUGAAAAGGGAACCAACAACGUUAUGAUGCUCAACGGCAUCGAUAAUGUAAAUGUGCCAUUGUCCUUGAUAAAGCAGCCCACAUUCCUACAGAUUACAGAUGGAAAUCCAUCUCAAAGCAGGACAUACUACGUGUCGCUCAGUGUUGAGAACAAAUCCCCGAAUGAUGCUUCUUUGUCGUAUAUUGAGAACGGGCAAAUGAAGGAGGUUAACAUCUCCAAAGGUGACAUGGUGGAAUUAAUGGUGAAUAUGACCAGUUAUCAGCAGCCUGCACAAAUGGAAUUCAAAUCAUUUCAAAAGGGAACGAAUACCGCCCUUACACUUAAUGGCAAAGAUACCUUGAUGGUUCAACCUACAGAAGAGAUUAUGAGUUAUUCCGUGGUUCUCAAUGGCGGCUCGACACCAACGCAGAAAACAUAUUAUGUAUCGCUUGCCAUAACCAAUCAGUCACCAGACGAUGUUACGAUAUCCUAUCUUGAGAAUGGAAACUUGAAGGAGCAAGAUGUUCCAAAGAACUCCGUUGGCAGCAUCAUGAUGUCUUUCACUAGCUCUGAAACGCCCAAAGCAAUCGAGUUCAAAGCUUUUAAGAAAGGCACUGUCACAGUUGUCAAGCUAAAUAGCACAGACUCAUUGUUUGUUAAGCCAACAGAAACUCUUGUCACUGUACCAGUUUUAAUUGGAGCAGCUACUACAUCAAAGACCUACUACAUUUCUCUAUCGAUAACCAACCAAUCGCCAGAAGACGUUACCUUGUCAUUUUUGGAAAACGGCCAGCUUAAAGAAGAAGAUGUUCCAAAGUAUGCCGUAGGAAGCAUUAUGAUGACGUUCACAAGUAAGGUUCAACCGGGCUUGGUAGAAUUCAAGGCAUUCAAGAAAGGUACGGCUACCGUUGUGCAGCUUAACGGAACAGACAGUAUUCAGGUUGCGCCAACAGAGUCACUUAGAACCAUCCCAGUUUUUAUCCCUGGUUCUGACGCAAACAGUCAAAACACAUACUACUUCUCGAUCAACGUAACUAACAGCCUAUCAAAAGACGUGGAAUUAAAAUGGGCAGGGUUCUCUGGGGAAGAAAAAUUGACAGUGUGGAAAAACAGCGCUGUGAAUAAAGAAGUUGCUGUUACAAGUCCGACACCAAAUUCACAGCGUACGAAAGAGGGACAUCGAAUUUGA